AUGGACGAAGAAGAAAUGGGCGCCUUCAUGGAAGAAUGGUUGACUGCCAGGCUCGGACUGAGCAAGCCGGGCCCAUGGCAUAACAGCGGCGACAGAUACGCUGAGUGCACCACUGUCCCUGCAGAUGUCUCCUGGUUGUCUAAGAAUCUUCACCGCAUCCGCAGCGUCGUCAAUGAGAUCCUCGCCUUCUUUAAUGUCGAGCUUCCGCAAUUCGAUAAUGACAACUGCUGGUUCUUUCUGCAUCCCGACUCGAAGCCAAAGAACUGGGGCUGGGGCAGAUGCCUCCAGCUUUGCUUUGAGCGCCGGGUGAGAUGUGGCACAUGGUGCAAUCGCCAUGAUAUCACGAUCGACACUCCAGACACGAUAUACAUCUGUGUCAUCAAGUGCGAGAUCCAGGCCGGCGAUCACAACGCUGAACUCAAGGAACACUACAAAAAGAAGUAUGAAGAUUCGCGGCUUCGCGAGUGCACAAUGAAGGGGGUCAGCUAUUUCAGUAGAGAUGAGUUGGAGGUUCAUGUACAGCCUGGCAGAUUUGACGACCAUGGGAUGGAUGAGCACAUCGCGCUUCACACUUGCCUCAUUAAGGAGAAUAACGAUUAUUUUGAUUCUUUCACAGCCUGGCGAUUUGAUGAUAGUGAGAUGGAUAAGCACGUUAUGCUUCGCUCUUUCCUCGUUGAGUGGGAUAGUGAUUACUUCGAAGAUGGCGAUGACGGUUUUAGAUUUGAUACUAAAGAUUAUGACCACGAGUCCAACGAGAAGAAGAGCAACGACGAUGAAGGCUCGAUUAAAUUGGUGAAUCAGAUGCGCUGA